AUGUUCUUUUUUAUAGUUUUGUUUUUGCUUCACUUACUUUUGCAGGUUGUCGCUGACUACGUUGGUCAGAAUCAGCAAUACGAAGAAGUGGCUAACCGCAAAAUCGACUGGGUGAACGAAGCCAACGAACCUCCUCCGGAUGUACCCCGAUGUGGUUUUGAUGGGAAGGGCUGCCCUAAAAAUGGUAAGCGUCUAUUACUGCAUUUUCAUUCUAUAAGCAUGUGA